GGUUGUCUGGCGCUCAGGGGCGCUCGCGGUGGUCCAUCGGAAAAACGCUCGGGGUUGUCCGUGCUUUUCCGCACACCAUCGCACGCCGUGGGCUGGCCCUGGGUUGUUAGCGGCGAAGGCUACGGAGGCGCGUGUUGUAUGUUGUGGACCGGUGUGGACCGAAAAAUUUCCGGAGAACAGUAACGAAACACUUUCUGGUUUCGCGCUGCGUGGGAAAAGCAUGACGUAUGGUCACCUGUGUAUCAAAACGAAAGAAAAUUCGCUUGAUGAGGCACGUGAGUUAACGCGGGCAUGAGGUCCUGUGCGCUCGCCGCGAAGUCCCAGUCAUUUCACCCCAAGACAAGCAGGUGAUAGCACUACCGGGUUGUGCCUAGUCGACGCUGUGGGCAAGAAUUUUGUGGACUUCAUCGUCGACUUAAGAACAAAAAAGAAAAAUGGCUGAUGAACUGAAGGUGUUCAGAGCUGCCGACUACGCGGUCUUCACGGUGAUGCUGGUGGUGUCGUCUCUCAUCGGCAUCUACUACCGCUUCACCGGGGACCGGCAGCGUACAGCCAGGGAGUACCUCCUGGCAAACAAGAACAUGUCUGUGAUACCCGUGGCCUUCUCUCUGAUGGCGAGCUUCAUGUCGGCGGUGACGUUGCUCGGUGUACCUGCGGAGAACUAUUAUUACGGGACUCAGUUUGUCAUCAUCAACAUCGCCUACAUCUUUGGCACCCCCAUUGCAGCAUAUGUGUUUCUUCCCGUAUUUUAUCGAAUGCAGGUUGUGAGUGUCUACGAGUAUUUAGAAAAAAGAUUUGGAACUGCCACACGUCUAGCAAUGUCUGCUACCUUCAUAGUUCAGAUGGUGCUAUACAUGUCAGUGGUACUUUACGCCCCUGCUGUGGCCCUCAGUGCUGUUACGGGAAUAUCGAAGUGGUUGUCCAUCCUCUCAGUUGGCUUUGUCUGCACUUUCUAUUGCACCAUUGGUGGCAUGAAGGCAGUCCUUUGGACGGACUUAUUCCAGUCUUUACUAAUGUUCCUGGCCAUGUUUUCUGUCGUUGCUGUGGGUUCCUACAACGUGGGUGGCGUAGGCAAUGUUUGGCAGGCUGCAUUGGAUGGAGGACGUAUAGAGUUUUUGAACUUUGAUCCGGAUCCCACAGUGAGGCACACGGUAUGGACACUCGCAGUUGGAGGGAUAUUUGUCUACGUGUCGCUGUACGGUGUGAACCAGGCUCAGGUGCAACGUUUGCUCACAGUGGACAGCUUGGGAAAGGCACAAUUGGCGCUCUUCCUGAACUGGCCCAUAGUGUCUGCUCUCAGUUUGGUCACAAGCUUUGCAGGUCUAGUCAUUUAUGCCAACUUCAGACACUGUGACCCUCUCAUCAGCAAUCAAAUCUCUGGAACAGACCAGGUGUUACCUCGGUUUGUUAUGGAAUAUCUCGGUCACAUUCAGGGACUCCCAGGUUUAUUUGUGGCAGGCAUCUUCAGUGGAGCCCUCAGUACUGUUUCCUCAGCUGUCAACUCAUUGGCUGCUGUAAUGAUGGAAGACUUCAUACGGCCAUUCUGCGUCAGUCAACAAACCUACAAUGCUCAUGCUCCUCUCAUACUCAAGGGCCUAGCCUUCUCAUUUGGACUGUUGUGCGUUCUUCUCACGGGGGUCGUAGAGAAACUGGGAGGAGUCUUGCAGGCAUCGUUCAUGAUCUUUGGAGUCGUAGGAGGCCCACUACUAGGUGUCUUUACCCUUGGCAUGCUUUUCCCGAGGACCAAUCAAAAGUGUGCCAUAGUAGGUCUCGUAGUAGCGCUUUUAGUCGGCUUCUGGGUGGGUACAGGAGCCAUCCUGUGCAAGGUUACUCCGCAGAAGCUCCCUCUGUUGGACGAUGGGUGCCCUUCGAGCAGUGCCAGCAGUUUAGCGACACAAAUACUGGAGAACGCUACAACAGCGGGGGUGAACUCUUCGGGAGUCUUUGAUACAUUCGGGGUAACCACUACAAGCAGUGACAUAGCAAAUUGGACCUCAAGCGUUGUGACCGGGGUUGAUGGAAUUAAUGCGACCGUUAUCCCCGAGAGCGGGUGCCUGCUGUUACCAUUGUACAAGUUGUCGUACCAGUGGUACUGUGGCUUUGGGUGGCUGAUGGUGAUACUAGUUGGCAACCUGAUGUCUUACUUCACCCACCAAAAGCACGUCAACCCUGACUACUUGAGCCCCAUGGUGACACUGCGCCAUAAGCGGGGAAGCCAGAGUUGGGACUUGGGGCGUGAUCGCAAUGGCUCCGUCACGAGCUCACAGAUGCCGAUGACCCUGAUUAAAGAAUAAUUACCUCUUGAAACGUGCCACCAUCAUCAACAACAACUUCACCUGGGAAAAAGUAACACUUUUGUGUUGUCCUUGUUGGACACUUCCUACAUGCCUGUGUGAAGCCAACUUCAUAAUUGGUUUCAAUACCUUAAUUUACCUGUCGUAUCAUAUACGAUACAUAUAAUGCCAUCUCUUUUUUUUUUUUAACUUUACAAUUUUAGAGCAGCUUGUUUUUACAUGUUCUGUACAGAGUCACAUGUGUAUAUAGGUUUUGUUUGUUUGUUGGGCUUGCCCUUUCUUCUGAGGUUUUCAAGCUCAGAACUGUCCAAAUCAUAAUUACAGCCUUGCUGUUUCGUAUGAUAGUGCAGGAGCACUUGUCUUCCAAAACAGUUUCAAAUGUGCAAUAAGCCUUGUAUGCUGUACAGUGUGUAACCCAUGCAUUGUUUUUUGACAUGUUUACAUAGUGGGUUGAUAUUUGUGGUAACAUGUGUAUGUAGGGCAACUCUCAAGUGCAGGAAAUUGUUCUGAGGUGACCAGAGAACCCAGAGGACUAUAAUUGAGGCCUGACUCUUUCAGGUGAUAUUGUUUAGCAAUGUCGGGAGGUUAAAUAUCGGGUUAUAAUUUGCUUCAACAAUUUCGGUGUAAUCGGGUCGAACUGAACCUGAUCAGGUUCUGAAUCAGGUUCUGAACCAGAUUAAACCAGAUGUGGUAGAAUCUGAUUGCAUCAGGUGUAACUCUUCGGUUUACUCAACAUAAUACACAUGGUACACCAGUAGACAGAGUAUAUUUAGUCCAUGCAUCUAAGAGGCAGCAGGGUCUUCGUUUUGACAGUUUUUAUGAGCAUAUUUAUGCAUUUACAAUGCUGUUUCCAAAGCUCUGUGUUAGUUGUGAUGACUUCUAAUCGCCCUAGUUCAACAGAUUUCUGGGAAAUAUCGGGCUAAACCCAGUUUUUUACGGAUUUGAAUCUUGGGGUAAAUAUCUGUCGUAAUCGGGUAGAACCCCAAAAAGUCAGGCCCUGCUUAAAAUGUUGAGCUAAAAAGUCACUCUGUAAUAUCGCUUUUAUUUUUUCUUUUCGUGUGCUGUCAUUCAUAUCAAACUGAGAACAGAGAGAACAGAGCACUGAGAACAGAGUACUAAUAGCAACUGGAAUACACUAAAUCAAACACCUGGUGCAUAUUUUUAACAAACACCUUCCUCAUCCAUCAUGUCAGAAGUUGAGUUGGGGUCAUUUCAAGAAUGCGAGUUCCUCAAAUUCUAUCUUGGUGCCAUGUUUCUACCCAGAAAGGCAUCAAAAUUGAGAAAAUAUGUUAGCUACCUGGUCGCAUAUUAUUGUUGCAACAACACAGCGCUGAUAGAAGCAAAGUGUAACCUGGAAAAGAAACGGUAGACACCUAGUAGUUAUUUUGCGAAUGGCAAUGUGGGAAUACCGAUGUUUACACUAGAAAUGUCGAUUGACUUUUGUGUUGUUACAUGGAACUUAGCAGUGUGCUGCAAUGAGAAUUGACCACACAUGAUACACCACAUGGUUGGAUGAUGUAACAAUUGUUACACGUGAAAACUCGUUUCUGUUAUUUGAACAUCUCAGGGGAUCUAAGAGGAUCUAAGAAGAAAACAUGAAGUAAACUAAUGUGUGGUGUAUCAUUUAUGGAGCCACAAGAUGCCACAAGUGUCACCCAUGUGCAAUGCUUGCCAUGCCACUGCGUGAGGAUGUUAUAUUAUAGCCAUACCUCACUGGAUACUUUGAGCGAUUGAUGUUUUAUUUGCGAACGGUAGUUCUCAGCGUUCCAUCAUUCCGUUUACAAGUUCCUCUAACAAAGCAUGACACAGUCACAGCAAGUGUGUUGCUAGUUACACAGUGUGUGUGUGUUGGAGAUGGUUAAGUUUUCCUGUUGUGCUUCUAAUUGUUAACUAUUAUGUAAAUAAUUUUAGAACAGGAUGAACAUUUGUGGCUCAGUGCUUUUUGCAGCAGUGGUGCAUUUUUGCAGAAGUUUGCACUGUAAAUUCAAAAUGGUUGUUUUUAUUUGGAGAUUGUGUGCAUACAGGACCUAUUUAUUGAAAUAUUUGAUAGAGGUGAAGGUACCACACUUUAUGCAAUUACAACACAGAGUAGCUGUCACAGGUGAUCAAGAAACCAACAAUAAAGUUUAUUUGUAUUUAUUGUA